AUGAUAAAGGAGAGCGAUUGUGAUAGCAGUAUCGGAUCACCGGAACCUGCAAUGGGAGCUGAAAAUGGUACAGAUUUAACCAUAGCAUCUAAACAAGUACACAAUCGCCUAGAAGAAACUAGUCAGACUGAACCUAAGAUGGCCACUAGUAUAUCGCCUACGUCACAUUUAAACGGAGCCACAACCAUACCUAGAAGUACCCAACCAAGUACAAUAGCAGAAACACCGCCUAGUAUCAUGACUACUACGAUGAAUAACCAACCUCCCCCUCCAACUCCCUCUUCAAUGGCACCUCCUAGUAAUACUCUAAUGAGUUCCCAGCAACCAGCAGUUAUGCCACAAUUUAUUUUAGCGUCAGGUCAACUAGUCCAGGGAAUUCAAGGGGCCCAGUUACUUAUACCUACUUCUCAAGGUUUAGCAACCCAAACUAUUCUGACAAUCCCAGUUAACCAUGUAAAUAGUUCGGACCAGAUGGUUAAUCUGGCACUAAAUAAUGGACAAGUGAUGCAGACAUCUUUAGCCAAUUUGCAAGCCAUGGCUCAAACUAAUUUAUUAACUAAUCCCACUAAUCCAGUACCUCCAACAUCAAAUGGGACGAUAAAUCCAAACCUCCUUAAUCCCGCCACUCUAACCCACCUUCUCUCUAACGGCUCCGCACAGCAGCUACUUCAGUCGCUUCCCCAGCUUCUCAGCAACCACCAUCACACAAACCCUAAUCCCUCACCUUUAAUAAACCCCCUAACUCAACCGAUACAUCCCAAUCGAUCACCUCUACUGAACAGUUCGCCCAUGUUAAAUUCAUCUCCUCCUCAAUCAAGCCAAACCCGAAACCAAAUAAACGUGCCGAAUAUGGGUUCAUCGCCAUUAUCAUCAGUUCCUUUGGGUUCCACGUCGAUGGGUACUGCUCCGAGUCAUUUAGUAACAAGUCAGAGUAGUCACUAUGUAGAUACUAAAAUGCAUGGAACUAAUUUAGGCAACAUUCCGAGAAAUCCGUCACCAGGAGAUAAUAAUUGUAGAAUUAAUGGAGAAAUUAGUAUUAAUACCAACCAUGGAAAUGUUUCUAGUCAAGCCAUGAAGAGGUCGCCAAGCUCUCUUUCGCCCAAUUGUACUGACAAUUCCACUGCUGACUUACUAGUUGAUUCACCAAAUCAACCCACCAUAAACCAAACAAAUUCCAACGUUGUAGACGGUAUAAACUUGGACGAAAUCAAAGAUUUUGCCAAAGCUUUCAAACUAAGACGGUUAUCUCUAGGUCUAACUCAAACACAAGUGGGACAGGCUCUUAGCGUAACGGAAGGACCAGCUUACAGUCAGAGUGCUAUAUGCAGGUUCGAAAAGUUAGAUAUCACACCCAAGAGCGCUCAAAAAAUCAAGCCGGUUCUAGAAAGGUGGAUGAAAGAAGCCGAGGACAGGUACAAAAGCGGCCAAAACCAUCUUACAGAUUUUAUUGGUAUAGAACCUUCGAAAAAAAGAAAAAGGCGAACUUCUUUCACACCUCAGGCGUUAGAACUUUUGAAUGCACAUUUUGAAAGGAACACCCACCCGUCAGGUACCGAAAUAACAGGACUAGCACAUCAGCUCGGCUAUGAACGAGAAGUGAUACGAAUUUGGUUCUGUAACAAACGACAGGCUCUCAAGAACACCGUUAGGAUGAUGUCCAAAGGGAUGGUUUAA